AUGCUGGGCAAGGUCCAGAUGCUCGAGCUCGACUUCCACCGCUCCUCCCUGGACGUGGUCUGUAUUCAGGAGGGCCGUGCUCCGCAGUGUGAUGUCCACGAUGGCGUCCACUACCGCAUGUAUGCUGGCUGUGCGGACUCAGACGGCCAGUACGGGUGCCAGGUGUGGAUUGCCACCAGUCUCACCUUCCACCCGAAGAGCGUGCGCCACGUAUCACCCCGCCUGAUGACCGUCGCGGGGUAUUCCGUGACAUUGCAGCGCGGCCUCGUGGUGGUCAGCGCCCACGCUCCCACUGAGGCCAGCACCGCCCGGGUCAAAGACGACUUCUGGGACUCCCUCACCGCGGUUGUGCUCAACCUGCGCUCGCAGUUCCCAGCCUACGUGGUCCUGGCCGGACUGGACGCCAACGGGCGCGUCCAAGGCCACGGCGACGCGAUCGGGCCGUGCGAGCCCGAACCGUUCACUGACAACGGCAACCGCUUGCUGAGCCGCCUCGUUGCGUGCUCCCUGAUGGCCGCCAAUACGUUCUACGAGGCCGGCUACACUUGGCGCUCCAAGCACGGCACCACCGCCAGGAUCGAUUACACCCUCCUCGACAUCGACCUCUUUUCCAGCUUGGUGGAGUCCCGUGUGCUCCCAGAGACGGUCCUCUCCUACACCCCGACUGAAGACCACCGCAUGGUGAUGAGCGUCGUCGAGGUCAGUGGUCACGACGGCGUCUAUGCGGACCGGCCUCGGCGGGCCCCGCGAAUCAACAAAGCGAAAUGCUUCGACGCGGAGUGUUGCCGCCGUUUCCAGGACGCCACUGACCCUGAGCAGUACGCGACCGAACUCACCGACUACGUCCAUGCAUCUGCCCUCAAGUCGUUCGGCUCCUUCAAAGACACCCCGCGUAAGCCCUGGAUAUCACCACCUACGUGGCGCAUUCUCCGUGGUCUAGCCCCGCUGCGCCGCGCUGCCAGCGUUGCUGGGGCACGCGCCGUUCAGGCGCUCCUGCAUGCGGCCAUGUACGCCUGGGCCAGCCUCGUCCCCAGCGCAUCUGUCCCCGGACGGGUCCGUGGCCGACGCGGCGGCCUCGGGUGGCACUCUGGUGCGCGGUGCGGCGAGGAUCGUCGCCGGCUCCACGUCCUCCGCCUCACCUCCACGAUGGCGUGGCGUGCGGCCGCGGCGAUCCGGCGCAUGAUCAAGCCCGUUAUCGCUGAAGAUCGCCGCGUGUUCAUCGAGGCCAAGACCCUUGAAGCGCGCGACGCCCAGGCCAGAGGUGACACGCGCACCACGUCUGCCAUCCUCCGUGCCCUCGGCGGUCGCUUCACCACUCAGCAGCCGCCGCACGUUCUACGUAAAGACGGCACCCUCACCACGUCCGAAGGGGAACGGCAGCAGAGAUGGCUUGAGCACUUCACCGAUGUGUUCCACGGCACGCCCAUGACACUGGACGAGCUGCGCUCUAUCCCUGUCGCCCCGCCGAUGGCUGAUCAUCAAGUUCGUAUCGGCCCUGCUCGCGUCGAAGGCGCCCUUGGCCGCUUGAAGAGCAACCGCGGGACAGGUCGGGACGGCAUCUCAGCAGAAGUGCUGCGCGCUGGUGGCGGCGCUAUGGCGGUUAAGCUCUCGGAGCUGUACCAGUGCGUAGUCGACUCCGAGGUCUGGCCAACGGCUUGGCCUGGCAGUCGUGUCGUCGGCGUCCACAAGAGGAAGGGCCCCAGGAAUGACUGUGACGAGUACCGUGGCAUCCACCUGGAUAGCCACCUGGGCAAGGUCCUCGAGGAUAUCCUCAACGAGGACGUGAAGGAGCCGUACGAGGCCGGCAUGCCGCCGUCCCAGUACGGCGCCGUCUCCAAGCGUGGGACCGACUUUGUGUCGCGCGCGUUCGAUAGGGCGAUCCGUGAACUGGUCCUCGGCAUCCCUCACGACUGCGCCUACCCGUCCACUUACUUGGCGGGCCUGGGUCUUCGCGCCCAUCAGGUGGAGUGGAUCGUUGAGUUCAUCGCCGUCCACGUGCCCCUCAUGCAGCAGUGGGGUAUUCCCGAAAAGAUCGUGCGCCUUCUCAAGAAUCUGCACUCCAAGAGUUGGCUUAGCUACGGCGACGUGGACACUGCGGUCAGCGUGCGCCUGGGGGGUAAACAAGGCUGCAAGUACGGCAGUACGAUUUUCAACGGAUCGUACUCGGUCGGCCUGCUGCUCCUGAGGGACGCCCUGCUCAAGGCUGGCGCGACGUUGCGCAUCCACGACCCUGGCCCUGACUUCGUCUCUCCUGGAG